AUGACAGUGCAGAAUGCUCUGCUUCUCCUGUGCCUUCUUCUGCGUGGGGCCUUGCUUUCAGAGGCAGCCAAAAUCCUGACAGUGUCCUUGGUGGGUGGAAGCCAUUAUCUACUGAUGGACCAAGUGUCUCAGAUUCUUCAAGAUCAUGGUCAUAAUGUGACAUUGUUUCAACAGGAAGGACUUAGUUUGAUUCCAGAUUUGAAAGAGGAAAAAAAAACAUACCAAGUUAUCCAUUGGCUUCCACCUGAAGAUUAUAGAAAAGAAUUUAUGAAGCAUUUUAAUUCCUUUGUAGAAGAAGUUUUGCAUGGCAGAGAAACAUUUGAAAAAUUUUUAAAGCUCAUGGAAAAAUUUGGGAUUCAAUGCAGUCAUUUGCUAAGAAGAAGGGAUAUCAUGGAUUCCUUAAAGAAUGAGAAUUUUGAACUAUUAAUAAUAGAAACUUUUGAUUACUGUCCUUAUCUGAUUGCUGAGAAACUUGGGAAACCACUUGUAUCCUUCCUUCCUGGCACAUUUGGCACUGUGGAUUUCGGGCUACCCAGCCCUGUGUCCUAUGUUCCAGCAUUCAACUCCUUGCUAACUGACCGCAUGGACUUCUGGGGACGAAUGAAGAACCUUCUGAUGUUCUUUGAUUUUUUUAGGAAACAAUGGCAAAUCCGCUCUCAGUAUGACAACACCAUCAAGGAGCAUUUCCCAGAAGGCUCUAGACCAGUGUUGUCUCAUCUUGUACGGAAAACAGAGUUGUGGUUUGUUAACUCUGACUUUGCAUUUGAUUUUGCACGGCCCUUGCUUCCGAAUACUGUUUAUGUUGGAGGUUUAAUGGCCAGACCCAUUAAACCAGUACCACAAGACCUUGAGACUUUCAUAGCUAAAUUUGGAGACUUUGGUUUUAUCCUUGUGGCCUUGGGCUCCAUGUUAAAUACCUAUCAGUUCCAAGAGAUUCUCAAGGAGAUGAACAGUGCCUUUGCUCAUCUUCCUCAAGGAGUAAUAUGGAGAUAUAAGUGUUCACAAUGGCCCAAAGAUGUGCAAUUGGCAGCAAAUGUGAAAAUUGCGGACUGGCUUCCUCAGAGUGACCUCCUGGCUCACCCCAGCAUCCGUCUUUUUGUCACCCACGGUGGGCAGAAUAGCAUAAUGGAGGCCAUCCAACAUGGGGUGCCCAUGGUGGGGAUUCCACUCUUUGGAGACCAGCCUGAAAACUUGCUGCGGGUUGAAGCCAAAAACCUCGGCAUCACUAUCCAGUUAAAGCAGCUGAAGGCAGAGACUUUCGUUCUUAAGAUGAAACAAGUCAUAGAAGACAAGAGGUACAAGUCUGCAGCCAUGGCCGCCAGCGUGAUCAGGCGCUCCCACCCUGUGAGCCCCUCCCAGAGGCUGGUGGGCUGGAUCAACCACAUCCUUCAGACAGGGGGUGGGGCACAUCUCAAGCCUUAUGCCUUCCAGCAGCCCUGGUAUGAGCAGUACCUGCUUGAUGUCUUCUUGUUCCUACUGGUGGCCACUCUAGGUUCGAUAUGGUUCUGUGGCAGGCUGCUGCGCAUGGUGGCCAGGUGUCUGUGUGGAUCCAGGAAGCUGAAACAGACAUGA